CAAAUCUCGACCGUCAAAAAUACCCACAUGGUCCCGUCCAUCGUGUUGGUCGAACAUAACAACUAUCUCCUCGUUUUUGUAGGUGAGCAAUCAAACGUAUAACAAACAAGAAAAAUGCUCAAAUAAAAUUCCCAACAAGAAGAGCAGCAAGAACAAGUCUCCUCUCUCUCUCUCUCUCGUUCCUCUCUCUAAGCUGCUGUUGUUGUUCUGCUUCUGAAUACUUUGUGUUUUGAUGGAGAAGGAGAAUAUUUAUGGUUUAGAUGAUGAUCAUGUGGGGAAGAAGAUGAAGGGCAGUGAUGGGGGUUUGGAAGGAUUUGCUUUGGUUUCUUCCACAAGGAUUGAUUGGAAACCCAGAAGGAGAUCACUAAUAUCAUCAGCUAGCGGGAGGAAUAUAGACAAGGUAACAGAAGACAUUGCUAGUGAUAGUCCCGACAAACAGGAAGCGUCCAUCACCAAAGAGGAAAUGCAGGACGUAACUACUGCCGCUGAGCUCUCUGAACGUCGAAAGGCCCUUUUUGAACCCUUAGAACCUAUAACAAAUAUCAAUGGCAAACGUCCGUCAGCUGAAUCCUUACUUCCUCCACCGGACUUUGAUGCCACAACCUAUCCCAAAGGGUGGCUGAUUGGGAAAAAGAGGAAACUAGUUAACGUUGAUGUUGUUGAGAAGAUGCGGAGGAUUGCUGUUCAUGAAAUGAACAGAAAGGAUAGGGAGAUCGACGGGCUAAACGAGCAGUUGGAAGAGGAUGCCAGGUGCCUAGAGCACCUGCAACUCCAACUCCUCCAAGAGCGAAGCAAACGUGCAGACAUGGAGAGAGAGAACGCAAUGCUGCAAGACCAGAUAACAAUGCUCAUGAACAUGUUGCAAGACGACCCCGUGGAUGACGAAGGCUCCGACGAGCCAUAGAUGUUGUUUGUUAUUUGUUUCCUUAUUCUUUUUGUACAUUUGGUUGGAGAAAGCAGUCACAUAACAGAUGCUACACAGUAUGCAGGUGCUAAUGCCCUCUGCACAUGCCUAUUACUAGAAUCUUGCGAGUCAUAUGUCAAAGUAUGUGUCUAAGCUGUACUUAUCUUGGCUAGUUUUAUGCGUCAAAUGAUUCCUCAUCCAUAAUUCAAGUU